AUGUCGUCACUUUGCGACGAGGUGCUAAGCACCGACGAGCUCCUAGGCGUCAUCCUCGGCAUCCUCCUGCGCGAGGAUGCGCUGCGCCGCUGCAAGUGCGCUCGCCUCGUGUGCAAGCGCUGGAAGGAUGAGCUGGCACGCGCCGCAAAGACGCCGCCGCGCGGCUGGAAGAGCUUCACCAAGAACUGCGUCUACCUGCGUGGCCGGGUGGAGUCACUGCCGGAUGACGAGUCCGACCCGGGUUCGCGGUGGAUGCGGGCCAUCUACGAGCAGGGGCUGAACGGCCUGCUCGACAGCCGCUUGCCGCAUGUGCAUGCGUCCUGCGCCGCGCUCGUGGCGCACCACAAGGCGAUGCGCCUGAGGGGGCUCUACGUCGUGCUGGCCCCCGCCGCGGCUCACCAACGCUGGCUCGCGGCAUUCGCGCGCGACGGCAUCUCGGCAUUCGCCAACGGCGGCCGGCCCGAACAGCGCUACGCAGGAUUUGCAAGUCUCGGGCACCGGCUUGCCCAAGGACAGUCGAUCGAGGUUGUCGUCUCCACGUACUCCAUGGCCGCCACUGACAUAUGGUUCAUACUGCAGUUCCGCCCAAAGUAUGUCUUUUUCGAGGGCGGCCUCUGCCAGCCCAAGCAGUACGCGUCGAGGCUCGCACCGCUGCUCCUCGCCUCGCCGCACCUCGCAGAGCCGCCGAACGGCGUCCUGAUUGACGACGCCAGCCUGCUGCAGCACCACGCCAGGAGCAUGGAGCUCAUCCGCUUCAGCAUGGAUCGGUUCAUCAAAAUCUGGCAGCAGGAGGAGGCGAGGCGCGGUGAGGCGAGAACGGGGGGCGGCUCGGACGCAACCUCCGAGUCGGACUCGGUGGCCUCGGAGGAGGAGGACACGGAGCAAGCCGUGGCCGCCGCGCCGUCGCGGCCGCCCUUGUUUGACUCGCCGACGGAGUUCGGCGCUGGAGCGCUCCUGUCGCUCCUGCAGGGCGGCCGCGUCUCGAGCCUCCUGAGGCUGCUUGGGUGGGCGGUGUACACGGAGCGAGGCGUGUGA